CGGCACUGGCGUAAUGUCAAGUGAUCACAUUAUCCAAUGGCUGCUGUGGGAUGCUUUUUGCGAUGGACAAAACGUCACUGCGACCUGGUUGGCACACAGGACCAGUGGGAGCUGUAAUAGCAGGAAGUCAGUCAAAUGGUAAUGAGCCUUCGUGUUUCUGAGCUACAAGUACUUCUAGGAUACGCAGGACGCAACAAGCACGGUCGCAAACACGAACUCUUGACCAAAGCUCUGCACUUGUUAAAGGCCGGCUGCAGUCCAGCUGUACAAAUGAAAAUUAAGGAGCUGUACCGGCGGAGAUUUCCACUGAAAAUUCUCACACCUGCAGACUUUUCUUUACCCAGUGUGCACUCCAGCACCAUGCCAGCCAACCUGUCUCCAUCCUCCAUUCCUCAGCUUUCAUAUGACAGUCACCCUGCUUCCUCCCCACUACUUCCAGUCUCCCUUCUUGGGCCCAAACAUGAACUGGAUCUCCCACACCUCACAUCCAACCUCCACCCUGUCCAUCCAGACAUCAAACUGCAGAAACUGCCCUUUUAUGACCUACUGGAUGAACUAAUAAAACCCACAAGUUUAGCCUCCGAUAACAGCCAGCGAUUUCAAGAAACAUGCUUUGCAUUUGCAUUAACACCACAACAAGUCCAGCAAAUCAGCAGCUCCAUGGACAUCUCUGGGACAAAAUGUGACUUUACAGUUCAAGUGCAGCUCAGAUUCUGUCUUUCAGAAACUAGCUGCCCCCAAGAAGACCAUUUCCCACCAAACCUGUGUGUAAAAGUCAAUGGGAAACCCUGUAAUCUACCAGGCUAUCUUCCACCUACCAAAAAUGGGGUUGAACCAAAGCGACCAAGCCGACCAAUCAACAUUACCUCACUUGUACGUCUGUCUACAACUGUUCCCAACACAAUUGUGGUGUCGUGGACAUCUGAAAUAGGACGUAAUUUCUCACUGGCUGUAUACCUGGUGAAGCAGUUGUCUUCAGCCAUCUUAUUGCAAAGGCUGCGAGCAAAAGGAAUCCGCAAUCCAGAUCAUUCCAGAGCACUUAUUAAAGAGAAACUCACAGCUGACCCAGACAGUGAAAUAGCAACAACAAGUUUACGGGUUUCUCUCCUGUGUCCGCUGGGAAAGAUGCGUCUGACCAUCCCCUGCCGGUCACUGACCUGUUCCCACCUACAAUGUUUUGAUGCCACUUUGUACAUACAGAUGAAUGAAAAGAAGCCCACAUGGGUCUGUCCUGUGUGUGACAAAAAGGCCCCAUACGAGCAUCUAAUUAUUGAUGGCCUGUUCAUGGAGAUCCUGAAGUGCUGCACAGACUGUGAUGAGAUACAGUUCAAAGAGGAUGGUUCUUGGUCACCUAUGCGAUCAAAGAAAGACGUGCAGGAAGUCACAACCUCACUUAAUGGAAAUGAUAGUGGGUGUAUCAGCAGUACAGUAGAGCACCAGAUGUCACCCAGCCAGCCUUCUAAUAAAAGCAAAAAGGUUGAGGUUAUUGACCUGACGAUAGACAGCUCUUCAGAGGAGGAGGAGGAGCCAUGCGCCAAGAGGAGCUGCCCAUCUAUUACUCCAGCUUCACCAUUAAGUAACAAGGGUCUGAUGAAUCUACAGCACCAGGCAUCUCCUAUAUCUCGAACACCCAGUCUACCAGCUGUGGACUCCACUUAUAUCAAUACCCCCCUACUUCAGGACUACAGGCAUCCUUUCCAUAUGACGCCAAUGCCGUAUGACCUGCAAGGGUUGGAUUUCUUCCCGUUCCUAUCUGGAGAUAAUCAGCAUUACAACACCUCCCUUCUGGCUGCCGCAGCAGCUGCUGCCUCUGAAGAACCAGACCUACUUCAUUCUUCACGUUUUUUCCCGUAUGCGACCUCUCAACUCUUCUUGGACCAGCUCAAUGCAGGGGCUAGUGCCUCUCUCCCAGCAACCAAUGGAAGCAACAGUGGUAGUAACAGCAGUUUGGUAUCAUCGAACAGCCUGCGAGAGAGCCACAGUGCAGCAAGCAGAGGACCAGCAGACAGCUCUUCUCUCUAUGGCAUAAUCCCAGAUGUUAUCUCUUUGGACUGAUCCACAGAUGAAGCACAUUCGGGAGGGAUUUGAACUCCCGUUUGUCACCAAAUUCCUUUGUUUAAAAUUUUUUUUUUUUUUUUUUUUAAAGGAAAUGUUUAACAAAACAGACAUGUACAGAGAACAGAACUAUAUUUUCAGUUUUACUUUUGUAUAUAAUCCGAAAACUUUACUCAUGCCCCUCCCUUACAGAGACUGAGUUAUGGACCCACCUCUUCCUCUGCACUUGUCCUUUUUUUUUUUUUUUUUUUUGUGUCCCCCUUCUUUUUUGGUUUUCCAACUGGAUCUUGGAGACUGACUCUCGUUCUGGAGCCCUCCACCCACACAGUUGGUUCCUCCUUGUAUUAUCUGGCUUCACAGCAUUACCCAUUUCUGAACCAUAUAGAUCAGACACAGUAUUGGUUUGAUUGUCCCUGUACGAGUCAGGUGCUUGCAUCAAUCAUUCUGGAACAAUCUCCAUUUCUGAAUCUAAGCUGCAGUGAUCACUUGUUUAGUUUCUCUUCUGCACACGUAUCUUGUAUUUAUUGGAUCUUGUUGAAGUCUUUAGCAGUACAAAUGAGAAUCCUAACAUGGCCUUUCUUCUAGGCAGUAUUGCAAGGACUUGGAGUGGGUGAAAGUCAUCUUAUUGGUGUUUGCUGCCAAAUGACCACUGCAAAAACAAAGCACUUCUGUUCCCUUCAGCACGAGGAGACAUCUUGAAGGCUCUAAGUUACACUUCUCUAAAAUAAGCUAUCAAUCUAAAGAAAUAGGGGAAAAAUAUCAAAGCCUUUUCCUGUGUGUGUGAUGAGCUGGCAUUAACCUUAACUUGCACAGACAUUAAUAACUUUGCUUGUCUCCCUACGAAUGUUGCAUUAUUAUUCUCCUAGUAGGUCCAGCAUUGCAGGCAGUGCUUAUAUAAGGUGUGCAAUAUAUGUUAAUAGGCUGGAAAGGGCCAGGUAAAGGGGUGAAAAUCAUGGUCAAGAAAGAACAUGGCCUGCAUCUGUAUCGUGUUGUAAACUGCAUAUGUGAUACUAGUGUAGUCUACUCUGAGCACCUACUCUGCUCUUAUUUUUACUUUUAUGUGUCAACAAUCAUGUCUGUUACAUGAAGUAAAUAGCAUCUCCCUGUAGGGCCGCGUUCACACUGAAUGCUUCAGCUAUGCUUAGUGAAACAGAGCCUACCCCUGCAUGUGCUUGGGGUAGGCUCUAUUAAAAUCAGGUUUCUUUAAUGGUCUAAAGCAGUGUUUCACAACCAGGGUGCCUCCAGCAGUUGCAAAACUACAAUUCCGGGCAUUGUGAAGUUGUUGUUUUGCAACAGCUGGAGCCACCCUGGUUGGAAAACACUGGUCUAACGCAUUCAUUUGCCUUUGAUCAUUUUACAUGUCAAAUAUAAUCUGCACAACCAGUUGAAGAAACCGGAUCAAUUAAUUUCUAAUGUGCUGAUCCAUAGCUGCAGUCACAAUUGUGCUUGUUUGAUUGGAGUAACAAUUGGACACAACUCUAAAAAGCUAUCCGAAUUCUCAUUAUACAGUAAGAUUUUAUUUAUAAUUUCACUUCAGCUUUGUAAUCGGCACGAGAAAAGUCAUCAUAUACAUUUAAUUAGAUGUCAUGACCAUAUAUUAUAUAUAUAUAUAUAUAUAUAUAUAUAUAAUUAUAUGGUGUGAGGGCAUGGUCAUGUCGCCAGUGCUCCUCAGCCUGUGGAUCUCCAGCUGUUGCAAAACUACAAUUCUCCAUGUGCCUGCUGUCAAGGCUGGAAUUUGUAGGUUUGCAAAAGGUGGAGAGUCACAGGUAAAAAGUAUUCGUCUACAGAAGAUCAGUGUAAGAAUCUUAGAGUCUUCUGAUGCGGCUGUACAUUUUAACCUGUAGGAACCACCCACACAACUAAGUCAGUAUUUCCCAACCAGGGUGCCUCCAGCUGUUGCAAAACUACAACUCCCAGCAUGCCAGGACAGCCCAUCCAGCUUUUUCAAAACUACAACUCCCACAUUUGGCUGUCCGGGCAUGCUGGGAGUUGUAGUUUUGCAACAGCUGGAGGCGCCCUGGUAUGGAAACACUGCCAUAACUGCUGUGUGUGUUUAAGGAACAGCUCCUACUACCUGCACAUAAGUAGCAAGAGCAGUUUGUAAAGCUAAGGCUGCAGCAAUGUAGACUGGCAGUGGAGUAAUAUGCAACUCUCUAAUGUUCAAGGUAGUGAUGUGGUGGGAAGGUGCACGAAAAACCCAUUUAAAAAAAAAAUGCAUAGUAUUAUGUAGCCAGUACCAUGAUGUUUUUGUUUUUUAUUUUUUAUUUUAUUAUAAGCAGUUUCUAAACUGCUUGUAGAUGUGUAAAACUGCCUUGUGGAAGUGUAGUUGCUGAUAUCAUUUUUAUAAACAUACAUAAUCUAAAUUCAAAUUAAUAAGAUCAGUCACCUUGAAGAAAAACACCACACUGCUGUCUUUUUGAUCUAGUUUUUUAGCACCUGUGAAAUUCCCCAAACAGCGACAUUCUUGUCAUCAGUUUGGAUGUGGGAUCGCAGCUUAGUUAAACUGGGGAAUCCACCUUCCAGACACUAAAUCGGUGCCAUGGGUCAGUUUUUAAACUUUUUUUUUUUUGUGUGUCUUUGAGGCACUGUAGAAAAGUUAGUAACCUGUCUGAAAAGUUAAACUGCCCAAAAUGUGUGCAGCAUCAAACCCUAAGGCUAAGUCUCCACUUGGUUUUUUUUGCACUUCGCUUUUAGGGAUUACAAAAAUGCCUGAAAAAUCGCCAGUGCAAGUGAUGCCAUCAUGCGUUUUUUCUGGCGUUUUUUCCGGCGUUUUUUCAUUGGUGUGGAAAUUGCACCUUUGGCUUUUUUUUUUUUUUUUUUUUGGUACCCAAAAAUUCUUGGGUACCAAAAAAGGAUGCAGCAGUGAUGGAAAAUUUUUUAUGAAACGCAAUGUAUAUAUUUUAUAACAUAAUUUUUUUAAAUUUAUUUAAUAAAGUGUGUGUGUCACUUUUUUUAAAUACAUUUUUAACAUUUUUUAUGUAGUACUACUACUCCCAGCAUGGAACAGACUGUUCCAUGCUGGGAGUGAUAGUACCUGUGCUAUAGACAUAUAUCGUACAUAAUAUAGCAGAGAAGCGAGGGGUUUAUACAUCACUCGCCUCUCUGCACUAUACUCCGGCCACUGAUGUCAACAGAAAUUCAUAUUUCCCACCCAGAGCUGUGAUUGGCCGGAUGGUUGCAGCCAAUCACAGCUCUGAGGAAAAGAUGAAAGAAUGAGUGAGUGGCCGGCCCGGAGUAUAGUGCAGAGCAGGGAUGUGAGCGAUGUAUACAGUCGCUCCAUCUCCGCUAUAGACAGGACGAUCAUAGAGGGUAUCAGUAGUGACAUCCACUGUGAUGUGUCCUUAAGCAGGCACUACUACUCCCAACAUGGAGCACACUCUGCUCCAUGCUGGGUGCGGUAGUACCUGUAUUAAUAGACCGCAGCGAGUGUAACUUCUGACACCCGCUUCGAUCUGUCUAUUAAUACAGGUACUACAGCUCCCAGCAUGAGGCAGAGUGUGCUCCAUGUUGGUAGUAUUACCUGCAGUUAUGGAAAGAUCACAGCGGGUAUCACUCCUGACACCCGCUGUGAUGCUCCUGUAUAAUGUAUAGAUGCAGCGGCCGCUCUUCUAUG